AAUAACUUCCUGGUUGUACUUUCCCAGCCAUGAGUCAAGGGAGAGAGAGAAAAUGCUGGUUUGUUCUGUAGCUUUAGUUCCAUUGGCACAACACUCAGGGAGAGGAAGCCACUGUGGUAUCUUUUGGUAGAAACACAUAGAACACAGCUCAGUCAGAGAAGGAGAAAAUACAACCAUGAUCCCAGAGCCAAUGGUACAAGUAUUUUCCUGAUGCAACUUGAACAAGUGUCUGUCCUACACUUGGUUCUUUUUCUAUUUACUUGGAUUUAGAGGCCCACUGGCAGCAAUAUGUCAUCUCCUGCUUACUUUAUAGCUAUCGAUGAUUUUCCGGUACUCCCAAAAUUACCUGACAGGGUGUAUGAGAAAAUAGAAAAGGGAACCAUACUUAUCAAAGCUGACACCCCACCAUCUACGCUUGUAAGAGCAGAUCCAUCUCUUUCCCCACCUCCACUUUGGGUAAAAGUGCAGGAAACCCAGAGGAUAGUGAGUGUUGACAGACAGUUUGUGGCAGAUCUGCGAAGCAAAGUUGCAAUGUUGCUACUGGCUGUGACUGACACAGAAGAGCGUUUUGCAUUUUACAAGGAUAGGCGUAGAUUGCAGGAGGUAACAGAACUGAAGGAGGGAGACCAUGUUAGGGUGCAGGUUACCUCAUCCAGUGGGCGCAGAGAGAGAGGCGUGCUUCGUUACAAAGGACCUGUUUGUCAGAAGCAAGGACUUCUAUUUGGGGUUCAGCUUGUGGGCUCUGCUGUGGGAAAAGGAUUUACAGAUGGCUCGUUUCAUGGCCAAACAUUUUUCCACUGUGAGGAAAAUUGUGGUGUCUUUGUACCGGGAAGCCGUCUGGAUUGGGAUUACAAUGAAACCCAGACACGCAGAGGCGGUAGACUUGAGGAGACGUCAUCAGGGAGACGGGAAGAACCCAUGAAAGGGCCAAGAAACAUCCUAGAGCAGCGCCAAAAGACGGUUAACUUCCUUUCUCGAGGCAUCAGGCAGCAAAGUCCACAGCGAGCUGCAGAGAAAGGAACGGACCAUCUGCCAACAACAGAAGAGAGGAAUAUCAAAACACGGGUACCAGAAGAACAUUCACUACCAGCAAAUGAAGAGGCACCGCAGCCCCUGACUACUUCCUUGGAGGGACUGCAAAUUAAUGCCAAUUUCCAUUCUGCAACUGAAGAUAGUCUUCAGCUCCCUAGUCUGUACUGUCCCCCAAAAAAUGGAAUCCCAUCAAGCCUCCUGCCUGAGACGGAGCGUAAAAAAGUGGAGUUAGAGCUCAAUUCAAUGGUUGAAGUCAAAGACCCCCCUAUCUAUGGGGUGAUCCGCUGGAUUGGGCAGAUUCCAGAUUCCUCUGAACCUAUAGCUGGUCUUGAAAUGGAGGUAGAAAUGCCAUCUGCUGGAACAGAUGGAUUAUACAGGGGAAAUCGGUAUUUUCAUUGUGGCCCUAAUAAAGCACUAUUUGUCAAACUGAAAAACUGUCGUCCAGAUUCCCGAUUCUAUUCCAUCUACGGACCAACUAAUCAGAUUCAGAGAUGUAAUUCCAUUGCGUUCAAGGAUUAUACCAGCAAAUGCAUUGAGGAGAACACACCUCCUGCGAUGGGUAGUGAAGCCACUGAACGUUUGAUUGGAUGGAAAAAAGGAAUUCAGGGUCACUGCAACUCUUGCUACUUAGAUGCAACACUUUUUUGCAUGUUCGCCUGCUCAUCUGUGUUGGAUACAAUGCUCUUGCGUCCGCCAGACAAGAAUGACAGUGAUUCCUACACUGAGACUCGGGAUUUGCUACGCACUGAAAUAGUGAAUCCUCUGCGAAAAAAUGGCUAUGUAUGUGCCACAAAGGUAAUGGCCUUGAGAAAGAUUCUAGAAGCAGCAGGAAAGAGUACAGGAUUUACCAGUGAAGAGAAAGAUCCAGAGGAAUUUUUAAACCAGUUGUUCCAGGUUCUUAGAGUAGAGCCUCUUUUUUACAUCAGGAAAUGCGAGAAGAAGCCACAGGGAUGUAUUUUCUACCAAAUCUUCAUGGAGAAAAGGCAGUCAGUGGAUAUUCCCAGUGUUCAGCAGCUCUUGGAGGGGUCCAUGGUCACUGGUGACCUUAAGUUCACAGAAGCUCCUUCCUGCCUCAUACUCCAAAUGCCCAGGAAUGGAAAGAAUUUUAAAAUGUUCCCCACCAUUAUACCUACCCUGGAAUUGGACAUAACAGACCUUCUGGAGGACACUCCACGGCAAUGCUCUAUCUGUCAGUCAUUGGCAGUGGUAGAAUGUCAGAAGUGUUAUGAAGAUGCUGGAAUUAGCCCUGGACAUAUCAAACAGUUCUGUGAAAUCUGCAACAAACAGGUUCACCUUCACCGACAACGCAGUGGCCACCGCCCACGAGGGUUAAGUGUGCCUAGAGAUCUAAAUGAGCAGGCUGUACUUCAACGACAGUGUAUGCAGCUGUAUGCUGUUCUUUGUAUAGAAACUAGCCACUAUGUGGCUUUUAUUAGGCAUAGUUUCCAUCACUCUACUCAGUGGGCAUUCUUUGACAGCAUGGCUGACCGCGAGGGGGGAGAGAAUGGAUUUAACAUACCGCGGGUUACACCCUGUCCAGAGCUUGCUGAGUACCUAAAAAUGACUCCCGAAGAGCUUCAGCAGGAAGACCCAAAGACUAUGCCAACAUAUGCCCGUCGGCUGUUAUGUGAUGCUUACAUGUGUCUGUACUACAGCCCAGAUCUGAGCCUUUACAAAUAGAACACAGUGGGCCAAACAAAUAAUUUCAGUGCCUUUUCAGUUCUCUGUAGUGUUUAUCAUUUGGACACUGUAAUGGCUUCUCUUUUAAUGCCUUCAUUUUUAUUGGUUAUUCGAGUAACACUAGAGAGAUCUAGAUGAUUAGUUGCUAUUGUUUUCUUGAUUAAAAACUAUUGUAACAUACUUUGCAAACUGUAAAAUGCCAAUUUUCUCUGUUUGUCUACAGCUAUGUAUAAUCGUUAGUAAAUUGUUCACUCAGGACAAAACACUGUACAGUAUAUGUAAUAAAUAUUUGUAUUUUUUGGGAA